UGGUGUGGAGGUUCUUACCACCUCCAAGAGAGUGAGAGCCUGUGUGGUGUGUGCUUGUUGUCAUUCUAUAUCCAUGAUGCAGCUGCCAGCCUCUCUCCUCAACGCUUCGUCCUACCUGGGACCGUCCCCCGAGGGCAAGGAGCUCCUGCCCCGAGCCGGCUUCAUCACCCUCUCCAUCGUCAUGGCUAUGUUCACCGUACCGGCCAUUGUGUUGAACUCCACGGUGAUCGUGGUGUCGCUGAUGAACAAGCAGCUGAGGCAACCUCUGAACUACGCCCUGGUAAACAUGGCCGUAGCUGACCUGGGGACAGCGCUGACUGGUGGGGUUCUGUCUGUGGUCAACAACGCUCUGGGGUACUUCUCCCUGGGACGGACCGGCUGUAUCAUAGAGGGAUUCUCUGUGGCUCUGUUUGGUAUCACGUCACUGUGCACGGUAGCUCUGAUUGCCAUAGAGAGGAUGUUUGUGGUGAGCAAGCCGCUAGGACCAAUCUCGUUCCAGACCAAGCAUGCGGUUGGGGGUGUGGCCUUGUCAUGGGUUUGGUCUCUCCUCUGGAACACCCCGCCCCUAUUCGGCUGGGGAAGGUACGAGCUGGAGGGCGUGGGGACAUCGUGCGCCCCGGACUGGCACAACCGGGACCCCAAUAAUGUGUCAUAUAUCCUGUGCUACUUCCUGCUGUGUUUCGCCGUGCCCUUCCUCAUCAUCGUGGCCUCUUACUCUAAACUCAUUUACACCUUAAGACAGGUCUCUGCAAUGGGCUGUAUAGAAGGGGGUGCAGCAGCCAAGGCGGAGGCUAAGGUGGCCCGCAUGGUGGUUCUGAUGGUGGUUACUUUCCUGGUCAGCUGGCUGCCCUACGCUACCCUGGCCCUCGUGGUGGUCUCCCACCCUGAUGCCCCCAUCAGUCCUCUGCUGGGCACUGUGCCAGUCUACCUGGCCAAGAGCAGCACAGUGUACAACCCUCUCAUCUACCUCUACAUGAACAAACAGUUCCGGAGAUAUGCAGUGCCAUUCCUGCUGUGUGGGAGGGACCCAUGGCCAUCUGAGGAGGAGGGGUCAGAGAUGCAGACCACUGUGGCAACCAUCAACAACAAAGUCUCCCCCAGUUGAUCCAUAAAGGCAUUUAGAUAAAUCCACUGAUGGCACCAGCAGCACCAAUAAAGUGUCACUCAUAUUCUAUGCCUUUUUUAAUACAUUCAUUAAAUAUACCUCUUAGUUUGUAAGAAUAUGACUUAUUAAUACCUUAAUAAGGAAAUUUGUAUGACUUUCUUACCUUGUCAUAACAAAAAAAACAUUAGAGUAUGGUUUUAAUACUACAUCCAGAAUGGGAUGAGAGACUGGCUGAUCACAGAGUAUGUUACCUACAGUAUGUUACAGAAUGUAUAUUAACUGUGGAAUCUAUCGUUACUUUAUGGUAAAUAUAAAACACUAUGAACAUGCUGUUCAAUACAUAAUGCAUGGAUUAUCUAUAAACAAAGCACAAAUAAUGAACAUACAGUGUAGAAUUUCAGUGUAAGUUUAUUCAGUAAUAAUCAUUAGAAAAUAAAAUAUCAUUAUUGAUUCAAAUGAAUUCAAGGCAAAAAAA